AUGAAAUGUACUACAGUGAAUGAUUUAUUAAUUUAUCCUAAUCGACAUAAGAAAUUAUUUAAGAUAAUUCAUUAUUUAAUUAGACAAUGUGCACCAUAUUGUUUAAAUUAUGGUAAAUUAGAAAAACCAGAUAUGCCAUGGAAAAAAUGUUAUUGUUUAUGUCCUGAUAAUUAUUAUGGGAUUGCAUGUGAAUUUAAUCGAAAUCAUGAAGAAAUCGAUAUUGAUAAUGGUAAUAAUAAUAAUGGUAAUGAUAAUCAGUUACUAAGCAAUAUGCAUCAUCUUAAAUCAAAUGCAUUACCGUUUUCAUAUGGUCGUGCAUCCUCAUCAUCGUCGUCAGCGGCAGCAGCAGCAUCAUCUUUCCUUACACCUACAAUGAACAAUAAUAAUAAUAAUCAAGCAAAUGAUAAUGAUCAACAAUUGAUUUUUGUAAAGUAA